GUCCGUCGCAGCCACCAAAUAGAUCCCUCCCUCCUCUGCUCUGCUCCGCUCCGCUCUGCUUCCCCUCCCACCGACUCCUCCCUCCCUCCAUUGAUGGCCGCCACCAAGAACCCCCCAACCCCCACCUGACCGCCUCCCCCCCGUGCACCGCUGCGUCUUCUUGCGCCGAGAGAAGAAGCGUAUCUAUCUAUCUUGCUUUGAGGCCGGGGCUUGCUCGCUCGCUCGCCGCGAGAUGCUGAGCUCGUCGGCGGCGAUGGGGAUGGGGCUGGGAGGGUACGGCGGCCAGCAGAUGCAGAUGCAGAGGGGGGCGGGCCCGGUGUUCACGCCGGCGCAGUGGGCGGAGCUGGAGCAGCAGGCGCUGAUUUACAAGUACCUCAUGGCGGGCGUGCCCGUGCCGCCCGAUCUCCUGCUCCCCAUCCGCCCCCACCCCGCCGCCGCCGCCGGCACCACCUUCUCCUUCGCCAACCCCGCCGCGUCGCCCUUCUACCACCACCACCACCCCUCCAUGAGUUACUACGCCUACUAUGGCAAGAAGCUCGACCCGGAGCCGUGGCGGUGCCGCCGCACCGACGGCAAGAAGUGGCGGUGCUCCAAGGAGGCGCACCCCGACUCCAAGUACUGCGAGCGCCACAUGCACCGUGGCCGCAACCGUUCAAGAAAGCCUGUGGAAUCCAAGUCUGCUUCCCCUGCGCACCAGUCGCAGCAGCCCCAGCUGUCCGCCGUCACCUCCGCGGCCCGCGACGCCGAGCCCCUCCCCUCCCUCCCAGCGGGGGCUACUAAAAACCAUGGCCUGUCCCUCGGCGGGGCUGGGGCUGGCUCAUCGCAGAUGCACGUCGACGCCUCGUCAUAUGGCGGCAACAGAUACUCCCUUGGAGCUAAUAAAUCUGAUGUGGGUGAGCUGAGCUUCUUCUCCGGAGCAUCAGGAAACAACAACAGGGGCUUCACCAUUGAUUCUCCAACAGACAGCUCGUGGCACUCAAUGGGAUCCAGCUUGCCCCCAUACCAGUUGUCAAAGCCUAGAGACCUGCAAGGCGGCUUCUCGUAUUCCCACUUUGAGCCGUCGCAGGAGCUUGGGCAGGUAACCAUCGCCUCGCUGUCCCACUCCCAGGAGCAGGACCGCCGCUCUUUCGGUGGUGGGGGUGGUGGCGGGGCAGGGCUCAUGGGAAAUGUUAAGCAGGAGAACCAGCCGCUGAGGCCCUUCUUCGAUGAGUGGCCGGGGAGGCGGGACUCGUGGUCGGAGAUGGAGGACGAGCGCUCCAACGGGACCUCCUUCUCGACGACCCAGCUCUCCAUCUCCAUCCCGAUGCCUCGAUGCGAUUGAUCGAAUCGGCACAAGCGUCAGGUGCAGGGCCAUCUACCUGCGCCAUGGUGCUGUCGUGAUUCUUUCAGCCAUUGUAUUUGUGCUAUGAACUCAGAGCAAGACCCUUAUGUAUUAUUGUUAGCGGAGACAGAGGAACCUUGUAGCUAUUUUCAAGAUUCUACGUUGCGUUUUACGCUCGCUCUCGGACAAGUCUGUGUGUUGUUGCGGUAGGUCAUCAUCCUGUGGAAUGUGUCGUGUAACUGCUGCCUAUUUGUUCUGUGUUGAAUCUGACGUUGCUUACUUCUA